UGUGUGACGCUGUGCUGAGCUAAGCAAUUUUACGACAGCAGCGAGGGGACUUACGGCGCUGUUACGUCACACAUUGCUCAGCAGAAGAAACUUAUGGCUGCAGAUGUGCAGACCGGGAUUAACGGAGCCGACGCGGACUGAUGGAAAACACAAAACAUCAUGAAGGAGAUUGACAGUGUGGGGAGUGAAAAGGAUGAGCAGUGGGUUGUCAGUGAGACAAAUGAUGAAGAGGAGGUUCCAAUGAGCCGCAGUUUCUCAGUUGAAGACCUCCUUGAUGAGGUGGAGAAGAUCUGUUACGAUGCCUCAGGGACUUCAAAGGUGGAGAUGGUGGUGAGGCUGUGGAAGGACGGUUUUACUGUCAAUGAUGAGGACUUUCGAAGCUACUCUGUUCCAGAAAAUCAAGAUUUCCUGGAUGCCAUUAAAAGAGGGGAGCUUCCGGCGGAGUGGGAGAGCAGAGCAGAGGAGGAGGAGCUGGAGAUCAGCGUGGAGGAUCUGACCGAGGAGAAUUAUGUUCCCAAGAAGAAGGCCUUUCACCCCUUUAGUGGGCGAGGAUACCGACUGGGCAGUGUUGCACCCAGAGUUGUGGCCAGGUCACCAUCUGUGCACGAGGACGGAGAAUCUCCUCCUAUUCCCAUGGUAACACUAGACCACACCCUUCCCGUUACCUCGCUGCAGAUCUGGUUGGCUGACGGCAGGAGACUGGUGCAGAGGUUUAACCUAUCGCAUCGGAUCCAUGAUGUUCAGGAUUUCGUCGCGCGCUGCCAGAGGAGCUGCCCACCCUUCGUCCUCACCACGUCAGUUCCUUUCCGAGAGCUCGGCGACAAAGAGUUGAGUCUGGAAGAGGCGGAUUUGGCGAACGCCGUCAUUGUCCAGAGACCCCUGAACACACAGGCUCCGUUCGGACACUGCUGACCAGCAGGGCCUCAUAAGAUUCACUCAGCACCACACCAUUGACACGUCACCAACCUGACAGCAAAAUCUAAUCCUCCUACAACCUCUAAUGUUUCUUUCUUCACUCUGCAGUUCGUGCUGCAUUUAAUGAUUGUUAUUUAUGGGCUAUUCCAUCUCAAAUCAUCAGGCUGCCACUGCUCAGCCAUCUCUGAUUUGCUUGAAGCAUUUCCAUAAUUAACUAUGGAUAUUAAUAAUGGAAGAUUUUAGAGUGAUAUAUCAAAUACUUUCUGAGAAAGUUUUAUUUUAAAUGGCCAUUGAGCCUCUUUCAGCACAUAUUUCGAUGAUAGUUACACUGAAAUACAUUGCCAGUCUCCUCCAAGCAAAGGUUGAUACUGACAAAAUGUGGUCCAAAAAUGGAAAAUAUGUCCCUGUUUGGAAAAGAAUCUGGAGAACUAAACUCCAAAUCUCUGUUCUACUUGAAUUAGGCCUCUUUUUCUGGUACAUCUAGUCAUACCUACUCAGUCAGUUCUGAAAGUUCAAUGAAAAAAAAAUAUUUUUUUCAUUUUUGUGGCCAAGUAUUGGAUUUUUAAAGUAUUCUAUGUGAUUUGUUUUGUGUUAUUGUGACAUGCAGCUCGAGAUGGUUCAGAAAUAAUCACUAGUCGACUUCUGCACGAUCGAGUUUUUUUUUUUUUUUUUUUGUUAUGUAUGCUCAAAAAGAUGUGACUUUUUCCCGUAUUUCAACUCGCCCUCAAUCCGAGAUUAUUUGACCUACUUGUCCAGUUCAGAUUCUGUAUCAAUACAUGAUAAAAAUAAGAGUGAAAAAUUCAGUUUUUUAUCUUUCAUAGUUGCUGAGAUAUUGUCGUUCAAACAGCCUCAAAUGUCAGUGUGCUGCAAGUGGGUCGAUGACAAAUUGUUUUAGUUGCUAAAAUGUCAGACAUGUCUUUAUAAAGAUCCAUAAUUUAUGCUUUAAAAAUUUAAGGCAAAUCAGAAAUAGUUGAGCAGAAAUGGUUCUAAAAAUGUGGUGGUUUGAGAUUAAAUGACCCUUAUAGUGUUUAGUUUCUCUCAUAACCUGAGCACAUGAAAACCAGGUACAUGCAUGGGAUAGAAAUGGUGUUUCCGACCAUAAAACCAUCCCCAUGAGGCGGCUUUUUUCCUCUCUUGUGAUCAAAUGCAGUCCUGUUAGAAUCGCUUGACCCUUUGUUCAUUUUCUCCACCCACAGUCUCCGCCUUGUCUCUGACCCUCUGAGGAGACCCUGAGAUGUUGGACUGAAGCAAAAAUAACACCAGAGUCUGGAAAUACAAGUAGAAGUCCUGCAUUAAAUGUUGUAGCAUGAAAAUAUGCUCCAAGUACUCAUGCAGAUGCAGAAUACUCCUUUACAGAAUAACAUUUGUUGUAUAUUUAGAUAAUAAUCAUUGAUGUAUUCAUGUGUUUGCAGCUGGUAAAGAUGAAGCUGAUUUUAAUAUUUACAGAUGGGUACUUCUAAAUUCCCCUGUGCCUGGGGCAUCAAUACAAUUUCAUCUUUAUCUAAUAAUAAGCCAGGACUUCUCACCUGUAAUACAUCAGAAUUUAUUUGUUGAUUAUAUUUAGUUCUAUUAAUGUGAACAUGAAAAGUAACUUAAGUUGUCAAGUAAAUGUAGUGAAGUGGAAGUAUAAAGGAGUGUGAAUACCCCCAAACUGUACUUAACUAACUUGCAAUACUUGAGUAAAUGUAUUUAGUUACUUUACACCACUCCUCCUGACCUAUUUGCAGAAAUCACAGAGCAUGUUUCAGCUCUUGAAUGAUGUUGAUGACGACCCCUUCGUAAGGCAAGUGUCAUUUAUUGUAUUUUGUUUCUUCACUAACUGGUGAAAAACUAAAUUUUGUUCGUCAAUUUUUCACUUCCUCUUUACUGUACUCUCCAUGACUUUAGCCAGCUAAACAUAUUGGAUUGAAAAUAACCAAAAAAAAAAGAAUCCUUCAGUGUUUCAUUUCAUUUGUCGGUUGCUGCAGUAACCGAUUAGCACAUCUAGAGCCACUCCCCAUAUUCAAAAUGUCAAAAAUCACCUUGAGGAUGCUUUUCUGCUCACACUGUUUUCUGGUUUUCAUGUGCACCAGUUUCAGUUCUUUCCUUCUCUGUAUGGGAUUAGCUAAUAGAGAUAUUUUCACUUAACCGAGGUGCUGCUGAGGCGCUGUGGUCCAUGUUUACUUUGUCUUCUUCUCCCCCGGAGGACAGUGUUUACCUGCCAACAGAAAACUCCCCGAAACUGCACAAAAAAAAAAACUGUGAAUCCAAAACCAGUGCUGUCUUUCGUGCAGAUGGUCGACCAUCUGUCCGUCUGCAGCAUGUCCCCCUCCUCACUGCUUCACGCUCACCAACACCAAGCAAGUCUCUCAAGUCUUCCCAAAGUGUGAUCACCACUUUCUCUGCACUAUUCACAGCAUCAAUAAGGGGCUUAUAUAAGUUUACAAUAAUAUAUAUAUAUAAGGAAAAUGUGAUGUUUUGUUUGCACACUGUUAGGAUGUAAAAGAAAAAUACCUUAUUUAUGUUUGCCUGGAUGUUUGAGUGUAAUAUCUCUUUUUUCUUCUUUUAUUUAAGGGAUUGGGGAGUUAAGAAUGUUAAAUGUAUGUUUUUUUAUUUGAUUGACUCAUUUAAGGACAUAUCACAAGGUCAAGGUAUAAUACAAUAAAUAUCCUCCUUAAAGUUA